AUGGGUAUCCUGAUCACUGCGGGAAUCACCCAGAAGCGGCGGAUCACCNCCAAGGACAUGGCGGAUGGAUCUCGAGAGUACGGCUUCGAGCGCAAGCACCUGUACAGCGUGACGGGUAUCCUGAUCACCGCGGGAAUCACCCAGAAGCGGCGGAUCACCGAUCACUGUGGGGUAGAAGCCCAUGACAACUACCCCAUGGUCCGGGCCUGCAUGCCUCGAGACCUGUUUGUCCUGUUCUACGGCCGCUUCUUCCACUUGGCGCCGGCCACCGGCAAGCUGAACAAGGACGACCCCAAGUACGACUGCAAACACCACAUCAGGAAGCUGGAGGACGUGUUGAACAAGUGCUGGAGCGAGCUUGUGGAACCGGGUGCAUGGCUAUCGUACGACGAGCAGAUGGUUAAGAGCACGGCGAGAGUGAUGUUGGCGCUCAUGAGGUACAACAAGGCGAAGCCUAUCAAGCACGGAAUCAAAUGCUGGGCUAUUUGCUGCCCUUCCGGCUACAGCUUCGUCCAGAGCAUCGACGGCGGGUUCAGCGGCGACAUCAAGCUGAGGCCGUAUGCGAGUUGCCCCCUUGGGCGGUCGGCACGCACAGUCAUGUACGUCCUACUCGAGGCGUGCGAGACUUUCUCCAACAAGAUCAUCGGCAAGGGUAUUACGGUAGCCAUGGACAACUUCUUCACGGGAGCCCCCCUGCUGGGAUGCCUCGCUACGCGCGACAUCUUCGCCGUCGGGACUCUACGCGGAAACCGCAUCGGAGUGGAGCUCGCCAUCUACCUCUGGGCCAAGGAGGGCAUGGCGGCGACGGAGCGUGGGCAAAUGCUGACGGCCCGCUCGGACGAGCUCGUGAUCGUCAAGUGGAUCGACUCCCAGGAGGUGUACCUGAUGUCGACGAAGCAUGUAUUUGCGGACGAGUGGGAACCUCUCGCUUACGAGUGA